GGCACCUCAGUGUGUGUGUGACUUGUGAAAAGAGCGGGUGUGCGCACGACCACUUAAUGUGUCUAGUGAAGGGGUUAGCUUCUAUAGCCCCAACCCAUACCAUGGGAUGAGGGAAGGAAAAUUGCCUCUAAGGACUGUACUACAGAAUUUUAUUAAUCACGUGGAUUGUUUAGAAGGGAAGAGGAACGAGGGAGAUGGUCAAUAUGAGCAGGAGUUCCAGGAACUCAAGCUGCUGACAGAGAGCUUGAAGACCCGACCCGACUACUGUUGUCUAGAAGGCGAGAAAGAUGUUAACAGGCGCAAGAACAGAUAUAAAGACAUCCUACCAUAUGACUAUACGCGUGUGGAGCUGUCCAGCUACCCUGGUGUGCCGGGCAGCGACUACAUCAAUGCUAACUACAUCAGAGGUGCCAGCGGCUCCAGGGCCUACAUUGGCUCUCAGGGGCCGCUGCCUCACACCGUUCCGGACUUCUGGCGGAUGGUGGUGGAGUGCGAGGUCCAAGUCAUCAUUAUGGCCUCCAACGAGACGGAAGGUGGCAAGCACAAGUGUGAAUGUUACUGGGUAAACACACAGAAUGAGGAGAGGCAGUUUGGCAACGUUACAGUGUCGUUUGUGAAGGCCCGACAGGUGUGCCCAGAUUUCAUGGUGCGCACUCUGAAAAUAAAAUACAGCUUUGAUUCCGGCAAGACUGAAGAACGUACAAUCUGCCAGUUCCACUAUGUGCUGUGGCCUGACCAUGGAGUACCAGAGACUGUCCGGCCAUUGCUGGAUAUGGUACGUCUCGUGCGCGACUGUCAAGCCUCGGAAACCUUACCCGUCCUCGUACAUUGUUCAGCAGGCUGUGGGAGAACAGGAACCAUCUGUGCCAUUGAUUAUGUAUGGGGGCUGCUCAGAGCUGGGAGAUUAACAGAAAAUCUAGACUUAUUUGGGCUUGUGAAAGACAUGCGACGACAGCGAGUGGCAAUGGUUCAGACGAGAGAGCAGUACAUUCUUCUGCACAGAGCUGUCAGAGAGUUGUUUAAAGAGCGACUAAAAGUGAUUGAUGCUCAUCCAUACGAGAACAUUGCAACUGAUGGUACACCACUCAUCCUUCGGGAAAAAGAAAGUGAUUAUGAAGAGCUGUAUGUGAAGCCUGAAAAGCAAGAUGAAAGUGCCAAACCAACCCCACCGACAACUGCCCCCAGUGCCGUCUCCACCCCCACAGGUUCACUCACGCGCUACUCCCACACACGGGGAAAUGCAGAUUACCUGGCCUCUAGUUCACCAAUUAACACUCUAGAGCAACCACUGGUUACUGUUCCUCCUCUUCCUAUGAAGUUGUCCAAGCCACUGCCUGCCAGUAUUCAACCUUCUCCAGGACCACACGCUGCACCGGCUCCUCAACCAUCACCAGUCCACAGCCAUUCCUCACCCAUGCCUCUAGCAUCUCCUGUUUCCUUUCCUUCCCCUAGCCAAGCCCAAAUUAGUUAUACAACACCUGUUGCUGCAACUUUCCCAUCAAAUAUUCUGCAGUCCACAUCUAUCUACACCAGUCCCACCUACUCCAGCACCCAGUCAUCAGUAUCACAGUCAAAAUCCAACCAUUUACUUUCUCCUCAUUCAAACACCAGAAUGGGAAUACAUCCCUCCUCAAAGCUAGAAAAGGAUGCAGAAAAUGCUGCCCAUAAAAGGCAAGUUACCCAGCCAUCUUUAUCCUCUCCUAUAACUAGUGGUCCACAAAGAAGCAUAUUGGCAUCUUCGCAGUCAUAUAGCCCUCAUCCUCUAUCAUCUGGCAGUGCAACACCCACACCAAAUACUACUCCAACGCUCCUUCAUGGACUUGGGCUUACCUCUAUACAUGCUCCAGCCAAAAGUAGAACACCAUCUCCAAGGAUUACGUAUAGAAAGCCAUCUGAAAGUCAAACAGAGACCCAAGGAUUUGGCAGUGAAAGUAAUAACUUAGAUGAUAAUGCAGUAAAUAAAAAUGAUGAAAAUGUUCGCAGACCCAGUAUUGCAAAACUUAAGGAACUCUUUGAAAAAAAUGCAGAAGCAGAAACAACAGGUGUAAGAUUGUCACGAAGUGCCAGUAGUGUAACAUCACGAACAAAUCUCAGUGUCCAUCCAGACACAGAAGGAGGAUUUAGAGUGAAACGUAAAAGCAGUCUUGGAGCAGAAGAGACCCUACAGUCAAAGAAGGCAUACGAAAUAAUUGAAAAAUCACGGCAACAGAAUGCCUGCUCGCCUCCACUACAAGAUGCAUCAAAAAUACAAACAGCAUCAACUGCUCCAGUAACUAUUGUGAGUGCUUCUAAGCCACCCUCUAGUCCAGUAUACACCAGUCCUGUCUCUCGUAGAAGAGGAAGUCAUACCAUGAAUGAGUCUCAAGAAGAUGGGUCAACUUCAGCAUUGUUAGCACGAGUAGAUGACAGACCAGCCUUGCCUGUUAAAAAGAGUAAGUCAUUUAGAUAUGCUCGACCUAUUGAUUCUACAACCAACACCAUUGCAUCUACCAGGAGUCCAGAGCUGGCUAGAAAGAAAGCAGAUAUAAAUACAUAUUUCAGUCUUGAUCGAAGUAAGGGAGACACCUCUGCACUUAGCAAGUCUGAAAGUGGAAGUGUAAACUUCAUAGGAGACAUUCCUUCUCCAAGAGAGGGAUUUAAGUUAUCUGUGUAUCAAAUACCAAAUGCUCCAAGUAUGUCCCAGUCGUAUAACUCAAAUGAACAAAAGGCAACUGAAAGUAAGCCUGACACAAAACCGCAGAUACCUCCAAAAAGAAUAAUUGGAGAACGUUUAAAGAGCACGCGACUUCCGGAGUCACUGUUCAUUUCAACACCUCAGUCUUCAUCUUUGUUGCCAACAACACCUACUUCACUCACCUCUCAAACUGUAUCUGCAAUGGUUUCAUCCAUGUUUGAGAAUCCAUUAUUUUGGAAUCGUUGCCAACAAAAUCAAAUGGAUAAAUCCAUUUAUGACUGCCCUAAGGACCUUCAGGCUGCAUCAAGAAAUGAUUAUGAUAAUCUUACUUCUAUGAAAACCAUGACAGCUAUUCCCAGUCAAGUAUCACAGGUUUCUCCUGGAGUUGAUGCUAAAUUAAAUACUAAAAUCUCUGUUCCAUCACCUUCAUCAAUGCCAAAACCAUCACCAACUGCAGAGCUCACUCAAGAAACCACAACUAAUAAAGAAUAUGUAAAUGCUAGAGUAGUUAGAAAUCCCAAAGCUGAUACAAAAGAAGCAACGAGGUAUGUGUAUGUACCUUUACCAUCUAAGAGGGGUUCACGUGGCAACAAACAUCCUCAUGAUUAUGCUAAUUGUCCGCUAAGUGGACAGUCUCAACAUGAGUCUGCUGAAGGGGAAGACCCAUGUGACCUUUAUAUGGAUCCACAAGUUCUAAAGAAAGGAGUUAUAGGCAAGUUUCCUGUGUAUGAUGAGGUUGUACCCUCGUCUCAGUCAAAAAGUGAAGCUUCUCUUUUGAAAUCCAUAUCCAAAGAAAAUAUUCCCCUUUCAUUGUCUGCUCCCACAACUCCUGGGUCAGCUACCACGCCUAUUUCUGCUUCUACUCCAGGAUCUGCAGAUUAUGAAAUGAUGGAUUUUGGUGAAUCUAAUGCAAGUGUAGAUGAAGUUUUUGAAACAGUAAAUUAUGAAUUGCUUGGUACUAAAGAUAGAAGAAAUCAUAAGAGUACUGAUGGUAAAAGAGACUUCUGCUCAAAGAAAGAUCUUGAUCCAAUAGCAAGACAGGUGUAUCAAGACUGUCAAGAUUACCUCCUCCAUGGCAAUAACAAGUCUCCUGUGCCAUCUCUUAUGCCUAAACCUUCAGAGAAAGAUGCUGAUAAGGUCUCUAAAGUAGCAGAAAAUACUGGAAAAUGCAAUAGUGCAUCUCUUGAUACAAGCAUGGAUGUUGAUGAAGUCAAGAGUAAAGUCAAUGUCGCACCCCAGGGAUUACGAACUAGAGAGAGACGAAACAGUUACAGACAAGCAGUGAAUCCAGUUACUCAUAAUGAGUCCAAAACACAUGAUGAGAAACCACGUGCAGGCUUGGAACAUAGUAGAAGUAUUCACAAGUACGAAACUAUUUGGUUUGAAAAUGGAAAGCAUAUGACCAGACGAAAUAAUCCUAGUCCCACCAGCCAACAGAACUUACAUCCUGCCACCAGGUCACCAACAUUUUCCACUGAUAAUGAGGAUUCUUCUAAAUCCAAAGGGAGUGGAAAUGUUCACAUGCCUGUACAACAAUCUGUGAAUGAUGAACAUGGCCCGAACCUAAACUAUAAAUCUAACAUCAAGGAUGCUCUCUUCAGAGAAAAGCUUGAGGAAUUGCAUACUCUUGUAAAUAAUUUGGAACGACAGAAACCACUGCGGUGGAUUGCAGCAUCUCCUGGGUCGGUAGAAGAUGAUGCCAACUCGAAAGAAUCAGGAAGUAGUAAUAGUACCCUACAGUCCCGGUCUACUACGUCAUCUAGAUCCAGCGAGGCCCAAGAACCAAUAUAUGCCAAUACUCAAAUGCUACCCAUUUCCAGGUCACUUUCAUCUAAUAAGGUACAGCAGCUUCCUCCAAGAGCUAUGAGAAAUCUUGAGCCAAAUGAGACAAGAUCACCACCUCCUCUUCGCCACAGCAGAACUGAAGUUAAGCUGGAUAACACAGACUCAAAAUUAGGUGGGCACUCACCACUCAUAAAUGGAAAUUCUAUGUAUGGCACUAUUGCCACAACCACAUUCAGAGGAAAGCAAUCUGGAAAUAAUCCAGCAUCUCCAUCCUUCCAAAAUAUAUCACAGAAUCAGGGUAAACCACCAUCACCAUAUCAUGGUGUAACUUCCACUGCAACACUUCCAGCACGAACUACUAUUUCUCCAACUCCAUACCACAAUAUUCCACCUCCAAAAGGAUUUGGAGGAGGAAUAUCUCCCAGUAAUUCUCCCAAUCCUAAUCAAGCUCUUCAACAGAAUCAGGAAAAUCGUGAAACCCAGGUUUCUUCUCCAUACUACAACAUGGCAGCAUUUACCAGUGGUAGACCAAACCAGACUCAAAGAAAUGUAUCGGGGCAAGAAGAGCGGCAAGGAAUCAAGUCUGGUAUGUCUCCAUAUUCCGACCUCCCUUCCAGUUCAGCCAUAGUGCGGUCACACUUUCCUCCUCACCAGGUUACCAGAGCUCACAUUGUUGGUGACAUUGCUUUUGUUGGUGAAGAAUGGGUACGUUUGAGGAGGCCAGGUGUGGUGCAGCCCCCAAGAACAGACACAAGUGGGUGCAGCAGUAGUGACUCCCGGGGCUCCGAGGGAGCUCCUGUGGCACCUCCAAGAAUUAAAAGAAAUUCUUCAGCUGGAUUGCCACGGCACAGUGCAGUUGAUUCAUCUUCCUUUGCUCAUAAUGACUGGCAUUGUUUAUCGGAUGCUCAAGACAACUACCGGCAAACCAUUCUUACUGCCAAGCAGAGCUGGACAUUGAGUGACGAAGAGCCCCCACCUGCUGUGCCUGCUAAGACUGCAGCAGCUUACCAAUACCCUGACCCACCACCACCGCCACCGCAUUCUCGCAUCCUCAAUCUGAACCACCUACCUCCAUCUAACCAUUCUUCAUACACACAACCCCCACCGCCUAAGCCCAAGCCCCCCCAGUCAUCGCAAGUGUUGCAAUAUUCACAGCAUACAUCGCAUUUGCAGUCAGUUGCUGUCUCUUCACCCUCAUCAUUGUACCAGACACCCUCAUCACUAUCACCCUCACAUCACCCUCAACAUCUGUCUCCGUCACAUCUUCGAGAUCCCCAGCAUAGCUCUCAUCACCCUCAGCAUCAUUCUCCACAACAGUUUCGAGAUCUCCAGCACAGAUCACCAGAACAAGAAGCUGUUUCAAGCCACAGAGCUGUACCAAUAAUUAACCUAACUGGAUCAACCUCGCUAAACAAUAAUACAUCUGCAGCAUCUCAAAAUAAAGUUGAAGAUGUAACAGCCAAUGAGAGCAGUUCAGAAAGUUCUGAUGAUGAAGGCAUUUUUCAUAAAUUCUCAGCAAAUAAUAUAUUCAAAAAAUGGCGAACAAACAAUAAGCAGGUAGUUCCACCAAUACCAUCUUCUCCCAAAUCUGCAUUUUCCCCACCUUCUUCAAGAGAUGCAAAAGAUGAAAAAGACUUCCAUAAAGACAUCAAGGGAGUGAAAGAAUCAAAUAAAGAAACUAUAUUGCCUUCACCAGCAUCUCCAAAACCCUUAGUAAAGGCAUUUGGAAAAUUAAAGCUUAACCCAAAAUCAGUAGCAGCUAAUUUCAAGUCAUAUUUAAGCCAACGAGGGGAUAAAGUGGAUGGUGAUAGCAGUGAUGGUGUUGGAGGUGCUCUUAAUGGAGCACCUGGUGGUGGCAUGACAAGCUCGCCUGGCACCACUACGCGAGGUAUCCAAAAGAGUGCCAGUUCAGGGCCUGCCAUCACUGCUUUUUCACAAGUGGCACAAGACUACAAAUACCCAACUCCAAUACCAAAGAAGCCAGCUGGCCCUCGAGACAUGCCAGCUCACAUGAGAGGCUCUACACCAACCAACUCCCAUAUCAGGGUUAAAGAUCGUCCACGGCAGCAGUACUUGUAGCCGAAGUCUAGUCGGUUGGGUCUUUUAAGUGACCCACAUUCCCCUGUCAUGAUGAGAUUAUCGUACCCAGAUUAAGGUUGAAACUGAUCAUUUAUUUUGAUGAUAUCUCUUGAAUUUGUUUUGGCUUUUAUCUUGAGUUAUCAAGGCUGCAAUUUAGCCAAGACAGUAUCAUGCUAGCAAAGCCUCAAGGUUAGGCCUGAUGGCCUUGUUCUCAUUUGAACUCUGGUUCAAACAUAAAGUUGAGACAUUUUAGUCUUGUCAGUAGUAGUAGAAGUAGGCUGAUUUUCCCUUCAUUGAUGUAAUUAUAUAUUUUCACUGUUAUAAGUGAAUAAAAUACAAAAAUAUUGAGCAUUGAAUGAAAUGAAAGAACCUUUUCUGGAAGGGCCCCUCAGUAGCUCCUUGGGCUAAGUGGUGAUCCAGCCAAUCCAGCCAGGAGAUGCACCAGGCCUCUAAGACCCAUCCAUGCCUAACAGGAACUAGAAUCAGGAUCUUGCUCUCUCUAUGGUGGGAGGUGAGUUUGGGGACCAGAGAUUAAUCCAAAACUAAGAAAAACUCAACAGAAAGCUUAAACACAAUAAAUAAACUGUUUGUAUAAUAUUAUGUACUAACAGGUAAGGAGGUAACAUCCUGUACUGCAAAAUAUAGUCUCACAAAAUGAGUACAGCCUGAUAGGCUGCCACAUAAGAAUAUGUCUCAGCCAAAACAAUAGUAAAGAACUGACAAACAACACAGAGGUGUUGUUUCUGCCCGAAACGCUGUGCGUACUAGUGGCUUUUCAAGAUUGUAAAUACCAUGCUAUGUAUUCUCACAAACCCAAUGUACCUUCUUGUAUAUAAAUAAAUAAAUAAAUAAAUAAAACAGGCUCGAAUGUGGAAGGAGUAUUGCACUUAACAAGGUGAAUAAAUGAGACAAAAUGAAUGACUGCUGGUAUUCAAAAUCACCAAAUCACUGCUUGAGAAACUGCAAACAGCAGUAUCAGGCAUGGAGUUAGUCGAGGAAGGCAAAACAAACUGACCAAAAAUCUAGGCCUGAGAAAAUCCCCCACAGUGAUAAGAGAAACUAGCUGCCUGGACCAUCACACAGGCAGGUAGUUAUGCUAGGCAUAAAGGAGGCGACUGGGCAGAACUAACUCUGAACUCCAUCAAAAAACACCAGGCAGGAGAAAUAUAUAGGCAGCCCGUGACAAAAACAAUCACUUUUGCAACCCAAGGGCACACUCACUGAAGAUACAAAGCCCUCAACACAGAGCAGGGCUAGGCAUGAUCACUGCAUGUUAGACAACACACAGUUAACUACUACAUUCCUUACAUUCCUUAUUAACAGUUCUUGCAUGGAAAACAAAUUCUGUGUGCUUCCUUGAAGUAAGGUGAUUUGAGAGAAGUCAGCUCAAGAGGGGGAAACUGUAGCCCCUUUGGGCUACAGUCUUAGAUAUUUUUUGUGGGACAUUGAAAAAUACAAGCUGAGUACCAAAGCAGGAAUCCAGGCCUACAGUUAGACUGAAACACAAAUCUAAGGCAUAGUCAAAGUGGUUGACAUAAAACAAUUGUAAAGCAUAAAGGAAAAUAACAAAGGCAUUACCCCUAAUAGAACUAAUGUUCCAAGGAUACCCAACACCAUUUGGAAUAAGAGUGAAGCUUAGGGUGGGCCAUUUCAAAGGUGCAGGCCCCCAAAGCUGUUAUCAUGCAAGUAAGUGGGUGACCUUGCUUGCUGCCUGGUGGUGGUCAGUCACAACACAGUUGGAGUGUUUAUAUUGUGGUAACAAUUUUUUGUUUCAUUACCCCUUGGGUAUCAAAUUUUAUUCCAGCACUUGCUUGUUUUGUUGUGUAUAUGUUUUCAAGAGGGUUGUUAAGGAGAGCUCCCCCUCAGUGGCUUCCUAAUGUAACAGGGAGCCACCAAGGGGCCCAAUUUUGGAAUUUUUCUUGGUUUUUGGUUGAUGUCUGAUUCACAAGUUCCCCCCUUGCCUCGUUGAAAGUGCUAUAUUCUGGUCCUGUCUCCUGGUAAGCAAGGGUGGGUCUUGGAGGCCUGGUGCACCUCCCUAAGGUAUGGCUAGACCAAUGCUUAGCCCAGGGAGCUACUGAAUGUCUCUUAAUGAAUGGAAAUCUUCAGCAAAAUUAAUAGAGCGAAGAGGAUUUGAUGCAGCAUGAACUGAUUUUGGUGUUGAUAGGGAAUUGACUUUAUUGCUACAAGUGUGUAAUACUGCUGGCAAAUAAAGCUAUGUAGGUUUAAGGCAUUGUGAAGAGAACUGUGACUGAUAUGUGAGAGAUGGAGACAGUUCUUACCUAAUCUCUUAAAAUAAAUUUUUUCAUACUCAAAGGACAACAUAAUCUUAUAGACAGUAACAUAGGGCAGGGCUUUAGGGGCGAAAUAAUAAAUAAAUAACUAUAUAUAUAUAUAUAUAUAUAUAUAUAUAUAUAUAUUUGUAUGUAUAUAAUGUUCGUCCUUCAGAUGUGAAAAUGACCAUGACUUCAAUAUAUUAGGUGGAAGGUCGGUGGCUGUGUGGUUAGAUGAUGGAGGAUGAGACCAAUGUGGGUUGGGAAGGCUCACAUACACAUGGGCGAGGCCUUAUAUAUAUACUGUAUAUACACACAUACACAUGGGGGGUUACCACCUCUGAUUGUGUUUGUAAGGACCCUCAGCCUCAAAGAAGAGGAUAUGCAGCACCCAGGGGUGCCUUGUCAAACUCCCACAUGUGCUGGCACAUAUUGUCUUCUUCUUUCAUCCCCUUAUAUAUUGUAAUUCUUUAUUUUAUUUAAACUUAUAUAUAUAUAUAUAUAUAUAUAUAUAUAUAUA